UGGUUAAGUUCUUUAUGUUUUAUCGUCUCUCACAACUAUGACUAUACGUGUACUCAUACGGAAACAUAUCUUUGCAUCGUUCCAGGUUUGUGGGUGCAGUUUCUUCUCUGUUUUUCCAUGCCUCGCAACCUUCCCAGGAUUCUUAGCACCAAGCAGGCUGCAGGAGGCAUCCCCUGUUUGAAUGGGAUCCGGGUUAUUAGCAUUACCUGGGUCAUCUUGGGUCACUCAUUCUCCAUGGUGAUGAACGCUGGCUUAUCAGAAAAUAUCUUUCUUGCCUUGAAAAACUACAUUCAGGAUAUCACCUUCCAGGUCAUUAUUUCUGCACCAUUUGCUGUUGAUUCAUUCUUCUUGCUCAGUGGUCUUCUCUUGUCAUAUCUCGCCUUGAAGAAGAUGAAGGACAAUGAUGGCAAACUUUCCUGGGGAUGGCUCUACUUACACAGAUACAUCAGGUUGACGCCACCCCUGGCUAUGGUGAUUCUAAUCUGGAUGUUCUUCCUACCCACUAUGAGUCAUGGGCCUGUUUCAUAUCGUUUUGAUGCAAAGGUUGACCUCUGCCGGGCUUGGUGGUGGACAGAUCUCCUAUAUAUCAAUAACUUUGUCCCUCCCGGGGUGGAGCAGGAUUGCAUAGCCUGGAGCUGGUACCUGGCCAACGACAUGCAGUUUUUCAUCAUUAGCCCUCUUCUUCUCAUUCCCAUGUAUUGGUAUGUACGACUGGAAACUUCUGGUGUUAAUGAUUUCUGGUACCUGGCCAACGACAUGCAGUUUUUCAUCAUUAGCCCUCUUCUUCUCAUUCCCAUGUAUUGGUACGGUCUUAAAGGAAUGGUAGUCUUAAUCACCACAUGUGUGGCUAGUUUCAUCACAACUGCAGUGCUUUGUUAUCAGAAUCCGGACUUCAAGGCUGCACUUCUAGCCCAAGGAACGGGAGGUAUGGCGGUCACUGCUCCUGGUACUGGAUACAUGUUUGCAACAGAUUUCCAGGGAAUCGUCUACAACAAACCAUAUUGUCGUAUCCCACCAUACCUUGUGGGCAUGGCCCUGGGCUACGUCAUGUAUGAUAUUGGAAACAAGAAGAUUAAACUAUCUCCAGUAUUUGUAGCAGCUGGCUGGGCCAUUGCUAGCGCCUUGGGCAUAGCGGUGGUCUAUGGUCUCUAUGAUGCGAACAGGGGUGCAUCCAUAACGACUCGCGCUGCUGAUAUCAUGUACCUUACAUUCAGCCGCUUCACCUGGGCCCUGGCUCUUUCCUGGGUCAUAUUCGCCUGCCAUUAUGGAUACGGAGGAGUGGUCAAUGACAUUUUGUCGUGGAACUUCUGGGUGCCCCUCAGUCGAUUGACAUAUUCAACCUACCUUAUACACCCCGUCAUACAGAGCCUGUAUGGCUACAGCUUAGCUGUUCCUAUUCAUUGGUCAAUUAUAACAUUGAGUCACCUGUUUGCGGCCUUAAUUGUGCUCCUGGCGCAUUCCUGUGCUUUGGCCAUGUGUGUCUUGGUAGAGUUUCCAUUUGGAAACAUGGAGAAGAUGUUACAGACCCAUGCAGUCAAGGCAUAA